UUUAAUUCCAAUUCCAAAUCAAAACUUGUUGUCAAAGAAAAAUCCCCUUGUACCAAGUAUCUGAGUGCCAUUGUAGUUUCCAAAAUCAAGAACCUAGAAGUAAACUCAAAUGGCGACGGUCGCUAUCGAGAGGAAGCAACAGGCAUCUGCGGAAGAGAUGUGCACCGCCAAGAGCGGUGCCAAGCAAGGGGAGGGCCUCCGACAAUACUAUCUUCAACACAUCCACGAGCUCCAGCUCAAUCUCCGCCAAAAAACCCACAAUUUGAACCGACUCGAAGCCCAACGCAACGAGCUCAAUUCUCGUGUUAGAAUGCUUAGAGAGGAACUGCAGCUGCUUCAGGAGCCUGGAUCCUAUGUUGGUGAGGUUGUGAAAGUUAUGGGUAAAAACAAGGUUUUAGUCAAGGUCCAUCCGGAAGGAAAAUAUGUUGUCGAUAUUGACAAGAAUAUUGAUAUCACAAAAAUCACACCAUCAACAAGAGUUGCUCUGCGUAAUGACAGCUAUGUUCUCCAUCUGAUCUUACCUAGCAAAGUAGACCCUUUGGUUAACCUUAUGAAAGUUGAAAAAGUUCCAGAUUCUACAUAUGAUAUGAUUGGUGGUCUUGAUCAACAAAUUAAAGAGAUAAAAGAGGUUAUUGAACUUCCAAUUAAACAUCCUGAAUUGUUUGAAAGCCUUGGAAUAGCCCAGCCAAAGGGUGUCCUGCUUUAUGGACCUCCUGGUACAGGAAAAACACUAUUGGCUAGAGCUGUGGCCCAUCAUACUGAUUGUACCUUUAUCAGGGUUUCUGGUUCUGAAUUAGUUCAGAAAUAUAUCGGGGAGGGUUCUCGAAUGGUUAGAGAACUAUUUGUUAUGGCCAGAGAGCAUGCUCCAUCAAUUAUAUUUAUGGAUGAGAUAGACAGUAUUGGAUCUGCUCGAAUGGAAUCUGGAAGUGGAAAUGGUGAUAGCGAGGUGCAGCGUACCAUGUUGGAGCUUCUCAACCAGCUUGAUGGAUUUGAAGCAUCUAACAAGAUCAAGGUUCUGAUGGCCACAAAUCGGAUAGAUAUCUUGGACCAAGCUCUUCUUAGGCCAGGACGGAUUGACAGGAAGAUUGAAUUUCCAAAUCCCAAUGAGGAGUCUCGACUGGACAUCUUAAAAAUACAUUCUAGAAGAAUGAACUUGAUGCGAGGGAUUGAUCUAAAGAAGAUUGCAGAGAAGAUGAAUGGUGCUUCUGGUGCAGAGCUUAAGGCGGUAUGCACAGAAGCAGGGAUGUUUGCAUUGAGGGAAAGGAGAGUCCAUGUAACACAAGAAGAUUUUGAGAUGGCAGUGGCGAAGGUGAUGAAGAAGGAGACCGAGAAAAACAUGUCCUUACGGAAGCUUUGGAAGUGAUUACGUUUUUUUGUUUUGGGGAAAGAUGGAACAUGUGAAAACCUCAUCCCAAUACUCAAAACACAAUGUAUGGACUAUUUAGUACACAAUUUGCCGUUAUGCUUGGUACCAUGCAUCUGUUUUCUUGACAAGGCUGUCUUUCAGAGUUGCUAGGAGAGGAUUAUUAUUAUUAUUUUUAAAUGAACAACUUGGUUUGACUUGCA